AUACACACAUUAUUCGUUUUGACAAGUUUGGUAAGAAAAUUAUUCGUGUCUCACUUGACAGAAAUGUAGCAAUGAGACAUUUGUGAAAUAAAAAUCAACAGCACAUGAAACCACCUUGCCAAAGACUUCCUGUUCUUUUCCAAAAGCUGGAGACAAGUAGCGAGUUCUUGGGAUGAGGUUUUAUCCUGACCUGUUCAUGAUCACUUGGACGAAGAUAAUGCGAAUUUCAAACUUCAUAAUGCUGCUUUUAACAUGCUUGUAAAACGAACGACACAUUCUAAGCGUCGCGAGGCAAUCGACAAUUCCACAGCGGACAAAAAGCUAACAUCGCUGCCAUGUAGUAAUGAUUCAUAAGAACACGAAGAGUUAGUGUUAUGAAAACCGUGCACAAGGAACAUUUCAAAACAGUAUUUAUGGCUCCUUGACUAUUUAAGGCUCCAUUUUUAAUUUAGUACAAAAACAGGAUGAUUUGUGUGUUUUUAUAUUACCAAGAAAGAGGCAUUAGAACAUAGAGUAAGUAACAUAUCCAUUAUUUAUCUCUCUAUUAGUAUUAUUGACAAACGACAAAUCUUUCAGGUAUAUCCUCUACAUUGGCUACAAAGCUAAAAGUAACUUUUUAUGGAGAAGAUUAUUUUAUAGUAUAAGAAUUUUUUUCUUAUGCAUGCACACAGGUUUUUUGUAACUAUCAAGUAUACAAUCUCGUAUACAAAUUAAUUUCUUGAAAUAAGAAAGAAUUCAUGCAGCCUACAGAUUUUGAAACAAGAACUUUUACCCUAAAUUAAUGACAAAUCAUCCAGAUAUCUACCUGUACACAUACGAUAUUGGCAAAAAUCUUUUACGAAAAGGUUUUGAAACAGCUGCAUGUUCUGUCGAUAAAAAGUCGCCAACUAGUGCUUGUCUUCACGGGCUUGCAGUAUAAAAGGAUUAGGUAAGAAAUGCAAACAAUCGAAUUCAAAUAAAUUUUGAGAGUUUAAUUUUCUUCCUCUUCUGCUUCAAAACUGAAAGUCUUGAAUCUCGCGCAAUCUUUGUGAAUAAUUAUUUUCAUGUUGAAUAUAGCAAUAUUGAUUUAUAUUGACCCAGAAACAACAUAUUACGCUGGAAGCAGUAACUACAGCAAAAGUCAAGGGAUUUUAACGAAUGGACGCGUUUUUACGUGGUUGCUUGGAAAGUGAAAGACGACGAGAAGCUUUUAUCAUCUGACCGCUACGAGAACGAUGAAUUGGUGAUGUUUGCCGAAGCUAUAAAUUCAACCAAUCCACAACCGUACAUCGCCGCAGUAUUCUCGUCCAGCGAGAACAUGUUUGUACUUGGUGAUGGCAGAAAUGCAAGUGAUUCAAAAGAAUAUUUUAAUGGUCCGCUGGGGUCAGGCACUCGUUACAGUAUUUUUGAAAGGAUUAUCAUCAAUGAUAAGGGUGAUUAUUACUCUAAUGACUGGAGUCCUGAUUCACAAACGACAAAUCCUCCAGAAACCAAUAAUGCAAAUAAUUUUGACCGUGUGGACGAUGAUCUGGCGACGUAUACAAGAAACGUCAGUACAAUGAAAGAAUUGUUGAAGUUGAGCAUGGGCUCCUUCACCCCAGUCGUUUUUAGUGCAUAUGGCGGAUGUGGAAGGGAGACUUAUCACUUCCUUUCGUUCCUAGCAGGCAAACUGGCUGAGAAAAAGAACUUUAGUACUUACAUCGUUCUCAACUGGUAACGCAAGAAGAUAGCUUUUGUUCUUCUUCGAUCAAGUGUGUCCGUGUGUCGUUCUUGGAGAACUGUAAACAUUCCUUCAACUACAGAUAUCCCGUUGUCGGAAUGGAUUAUUUGUUUAAAGUAGUUGACUGUAGUUUAUAUUUAAGUUUAUGUUAACAUAUGUGAAUUUCUCUUAUAUCGUUCAUGCAUUAUAAUACAUGUAUAUGAUUUGACUUUAUAAUAUUUGAUUAAUAUUUAUGCAUCUACUAACAAUUGCGAGGAGCUAGCAACAAUAUAAACUGUGAUCUAUAUAAAUAAUUGCCAGAUAAGUAAUAAAAUUAAAUGGAAAGGUUAAUAAACA